AUGGGUACGACGUCAGUCUUCUCACCGGCAGCACAGUUCGGUCAACGCAGGACACAGUCUGCAAAGACAUCACCAAACAGGACAAAAGCACACCUGUCUGCUACACAACAAGAUAUCACCACCACCAACCUCACCACCACCAACACUGCGCCUACCCAACCACUGACCAUGCUCCCACUUGACGCCCGCCCGGCCCCUCCAAACCGCAUCAUGUCGGCCGCCGUGGCACAACCACAACCGGGCAGCAACAAGCCACCCCAAAACAUCACCGUGACAACCACAAACCUCUCAGACGACGACUAUGAUGAAAACACCGACUACUCCCCGCACCCUCACAACCUCGACCUCAACCUGGCAAAAUAUAGGCUCCUCGAAUCCCAGCACGAGGCACUCCUCUCCCACCUCGACAACCUGCAGCUCGCACGCAGGCCAUCGUCGCAGGACAGCAGCGGGACGUCGCCGCCAUCAUUCCCGUCGCGACGGUCGUCGUCCGCGUCGUCGUACUACCGCCGCCGCUACCACAGCAGCAGCAAGCGCUCGUCGACGGUGGGCGGUGCCGCCUCGCCGAUCCAGCACAUCAUGUCGGCGGGCCCGCUCGAGACGGUACCCGACGGCGACGAGAUGUGUCUGUUUGGCGAGGACGAGCGCCGGCUGUUUGACGUCAACGAGGCCAUCAAGCGCAGCCUGACGGAGCUGCUCAACUGCGAGCAGGCCAGGUCCGACGCCGCCUUCCGAACGCAGAUCCAGAGCCGGUUGAUGGAGACCGAGAGGGAGCUUAGGACGGGCAGGAGGAGGAGGAGUUGUGCGUCUUCGGUGGGGGAACAUUAA